UAGAACACUCGUCUGCCUAUGAUGACAGCUCGAAUAGGAUGCAAACAUGGCUGUUGUGCCUAAACUUAUUUUAUUAUUCAGCGGAAAGCGCAAAUCUGGGAAGGAUUAUGUCACCGAUUUGAUACAGAGGAGGCUUGGCUCGAAAAGAUGCUGUAUUCUUCGACUUUCUGGUCCUCUGAAAGAACAGUACGCACGGGAACGAGGAUUGAACUAUGAGGAGCUUCUUGGUGCUGGUGCGUACAAGGAGCAGUACCGUGCCGACAUGAUCCAGUGGGGUGAGAGGAAGAGGGCGCAAGAUCCCGGGUUUUUCUGUCGUCUGGCCAUAAGAGACGCUAUACAGCCAGUCUGGAUCAUAAGUGACGCCAGGCGUAUGUCGGACCUGCAGUGGUUCUGGAGGGAAUAUCCACAACAGUGUAAAUGUGUCCGCGUGGUGGCGUCUGAACAAACUAGAGCACAGAGGGGCUGGAAAGUCAUAGCAGGUGUAGAUGAUGCAGAAUCGGAAUGUGGCCUUGAUCACGGUGUGGAGUUUGACUGGAUCAUCAGUAAUGAUGGAGAUGAUGCACUGCUUGAGAAGCAAUUAGAAGGACUACUUUCUUUAACUAAUGAGAAGUCAAUAGAGGAUACGCAAGAAAAUCUCAAAAUAAGUGGACACUAAAAACAACUUGAUGUUGCUUACCAUUUAAUUUUUAUCGGCAAUGUCUUGGUAUUGUCAAAUAGAACUGUAAGGACUGUGUCCUCAUCUACUGUCGCAAAACGAGUUUUUUUCUGUAUUCAGACCUGCAUGAGUGUCAUAGGUGUAUCAUAUUGAUUUGAUACACUUUUGACAUUUCAUUGUAAACCAUCAACAAUGGCUGCUCAGGUCCAGUACCUGAUGGCUGGAGUCUUGCUCCUUAAACAUCUCACCCGAUAAGCAGAGGAUGCUUUCUACCAGAAGAACAGGUGUGUGCACUGUUUUACCAGUCACAUUCUUACUGUCCUGGGGUAUAUGACAAAACCAGUUUUCCCAGUUAGCUGUGCGACAUUACACUUAUAGUGAAAUGUCUCCAGUGGGAGAGACAGGGACAUUGUCUUGACCCUUUGAGUUAUUGUUUUGCAGCUAACUGAAAAAUCUAGCUUUGGAAUAAACCCCUGGACUCAGGAGGCUGAGCUGUGUACUGCCUCUUUAGAUGGAUCAGUCAAAAAAGUAAAGUAUGCUUUUCCUGUAAAUAUAAAGUAUCUGAGUUUGACAGGCAUCGAAAAGUUUGUGUUGAUGCAUUAUUUAUGAUGCAAGUUCUUGUUGAUUUCUUGUGAAAAUAUUUAUGAACAUCAAUCUUUCCCACUAUACUGUAUCUAAUUCUGUGUAAACAUACUGUUUACACUUUAAAGUUCUACAGCUGAGACAAUCUGGAAUAGGUUUUCAUUGUAUUAAUCUUAAACUAGGAUCAGAAUCACUUUUAUCAAAUCCUGAUUUAAGUAUUUUGUAUGUUGGAACACGUUAAGUGAGAGAAAUAAAAGAGACAAAAUGCAAAUUGCAGACUGAAUGUGGAAUGUCAAUAAGAA